AUGGUACUAGGAAGCAUGGAAAUGAAACCUGUUUGUUUUAGUGAGAGAAACAUGAUUCGUGACAAAGGGAACCACCAUCUUCCAGUAAUUCACCAAAAUGACCAACACAAAGGAAAGGGGAGAGGUACCCGCUAUAUGUUCUCUAGACAUUUUAGAAAACAUGGAGUUGUUCCUUUGGCCACAUACCUGAGAAUCUAUAAGAAAGUUGAUAUUGUGGACAUCAAGGGAAUGGGCACUGUUCAAAAAGGAAUGCCCCACAAAUGUUACCAUGGCAAAACUGGAAGAGUCUACAAUGUUACUCAGCAUGCUGUUGGCAUUGUUGUAAACAAACAAGUUAAGGGCAAGAUUCUUGCCAAGAGAAUUAAUGUACACAUUGAGCAUAUUAAACACUCAAAGAGUCGAGACAGCUUCCUGAAGCGUGUGAAGGAAAAUGAUCAGAAAAAGAAGGAAGCCAAAGAGAAAGGUCCUUGGGUUCAACUGAAGUGCCAGCCUGCCCCACCCAGAGAAGCACACUUUGUGAGAACUAAUGGAAAGGAGCCCGAAUUGCUGGAACCCAUUCCCUAUGAAUUCAUGGCAUGAUAAAUGUAAAGAAAACAA